AUUUUAACUCAAGCGUCAUUGUCAUAUGUUUUUACAUUUCCGUUUUUCUAUUUAAUUGAAAAGUAUAUAUAAUUGAAAUUAUCCGAAUUUAGCGAAUGGAUAUUGACUGGGACUUGAACGACGAAGAGGAGUGUAUGAACGACUAUUCUGAUGACGAGGUGGAAUAUUACGAUGAGGCAGACGAUUAUGAGAAGGAAGACACGGCAGAGGGUGUUCCUCGACUGCACUGCAGCUUGUGCGAUUGCACCAUGUCCGACACCGCCGCGCUCAUCGCCCAUGUCCUCAGCGCGAGCCACAACAGGCGGCUCCAGAGAGAGAGCGCUUCUUCCAAGAGCAUGCUCCUUAGGAAGCUGCUCAAGAAGAAGAGUAGUCAUAUCGGCAAGAAGUCGACCUGGAAGAGCAAGGAGACAGUCCUCACCAAACGGAUGAAGUAUCUGAACCCACUGAAAGAGAUCGAAGAAGGGGAGAUCGUAGAAAAUGGCGAGGAUCAUGACAGUGAUGAUGAUGAUGAUGAUGACGACGAUGAUAGUGAUAGUGAAGUGGUAAAAAAGUCAAGUGAAGUCAAAAAAGUACCUGAACUACUAAAACCAGUCGGGAAGGAUAGCAAGCCAUCGGUUCCUGCCGUACCCACGAGCAAGAUAGACCUUCGGAAUAAACUGAAUGAGAUGAAGGAAAAACAGAACGAAGAAAGGAAAGCAGAAAAACGAAAAAAGAAAAAUAUUCGGACAAGGGAAGCAAAGAAGAGGAAUAAGAAGAUAGCGAAAGAGGACAAGAAGAGGAUUGAAGACGCAUUGGAAGCUCUAGAAGAGGAAGAUGAGAACAUAGCUUUCAUGAAGCACACCAUGGGCUUCAGCAAGUUCCAGUCGACCAAGCGAAGUUAUUUCUGAAGGGAUCGAGAGUAGUGAAGCUAUUUUAGAUGUCAUUAAUGGAUUCACCAAGACGCCAUAAACAGUCAGCAUAUCUUUUAUUUAAUGAAUUUGGGUGGAGAAAUAUACGUGAACUUUUAGCUCUUAA